AGAGCUGGGCGAAGGGAAAGAGACGCUGCGCCGAGCAGGCGAGUCUACAGCGCGCGCUCUUCGCCCCGGAUUCUCAGAGUGCCGGUGCGCCAACGACGCUCAGCCGGGCAGUGUCGUCGCAAGCUGAGGGUGGAGCGCCCUUUGCGUAGGCCCGGGGCGGGGAGGAGGCGAGCCCAGGUGGAUGGAGGAACCUGACAGUUGAGAGGCGCAAUGGCGGCGGCGGCGGCGGCACAAUGAGGCGACGCCUGUAGCCGGGGCAGCUCCAGGCUUCGGGCCGCCUGGCAGGUUACCUAGGGUGAAACAAAAUCAUAGGCUUGGAAUUUCUGGAAAACCUCUCUAUCAAGAUUCAAGGAAGAAAAAUGCUCUGAAAUAAUUCUAAGGAGUUCAGCGGAGAUGUGAUUAACUUACAAGCAGAUAUAAUGGUGUCAAAAUGCAGUUCAGAGAACAUACACACAGAGGUCGCAGAAAUUAAUACAUAAGCUGUGCUGGAACAAAAAUGCAAUGACAGAAACACUGGAUGAAUGAAUGAAUGAAAAGCCCUGCUUUGCAGUCCCUCAGCAUGGCUGGACUACAGCUCAUGACCCCUGCUUCCUCGUCAAUGGGUCCUUUUUUUGGACUGCCGUGGCAACAAGAAGCAAUUCAUGAUAACAUAUACACGCCAAGAAAAUAUCAGGUUGAACUGCUGGAAGCAGCUCUGGAUCAUAACACAAUAGUCUGUUUAAACACUGGCUCAGGGAAGACUUUUAUUGCAGUACUACUCAUUAAAGAACUGUCCUAUCAGAUCAGGGGAGACUUCAACAAAAAUGGAAAGAGAACAGUAUUUUUGGUCAACUCUGCAAAUCAAGUUGCUCAGCAAGUGUCAACUGUUAGAACUCAUUCCGAUCUCAAGGUGGGAGAGUAUUCGAAUUGGGAAAUUACUGAAUUGUGGUCAAAAGAGAAAUGGAACCAAGAAUUUGCUAAAUACCAAGUUCUGGUGAUGACCUGUCAUGUAGCUUUGAAUGUUUUAAAAAAUGAACAUUUAUCCCUGUCAAACAUUAAUCUUCUUAUUUUUGAUGAGUGCCAUCUUGCAAUCCAGAAUCACCCUUACCGAGAAAUUAUGAAGAUCUGUGAGAGUUGUCCAUCAUGCCCUCGAAUCUUGGGAUUAACAGCCUCCAUUUUGAAUGGGAAAUGUGAUCCAUCAGAGUUAGAAGAAAAGAUUCAAAAACUGGAGAAAAUUCUAAAGAGCAGUGCUGAAACAGCAACUGAUCUAGUGGUCUUGGACAGGUAUACUUCUCAGCCAUGUGAGAUUGUGGUAGAUUGUGGACCAUACACUGACAAAAGUGGUCUUUACGAAAGGCUGUUAACUGAGCUGGACGAUGCACUCAGCUUUUUGAAUGAUUGCAACAUAGCUAUUCAUUGUAGAGAGAGAGAUUCUACUUUAAUUUCUAAACAGAUACUGUCUGACUGCCGAGCAGUGUUGCUUGUUCUGGGACCUUGGUGUGCGGAUAAAGUAGCUGGCAUGAUGGUGAGAGAGCUGCAGAAGUACAUUAAACAUGAGCAAGAGGAGCUGCACCGGAAAUUUUUAUUGUUUACAGACACUUUCCUAAGGAAAAUCCAUGCACUCUGCGAAGAGCACUUCUCGCCUGCCUCACUUGACCUGAAAUUUGUAACCCCGAAGGUCAUAAAACUGCUUGAAAUCCUGUGUAAAUAUAAACCCUAUGAACGGCAGCAGUUUGAAAGCGUUGAAUGGUAUAAUAAUAGGAAUCAGGAUAAUUACGUGUCUUGGAGUGAUUCUGAGGAUGAGGAUGAGGAUGAAGAAAUUGAGGAGAAAGAGAAAACAGAGACAAACUUCCCUUCUCCCUUUACCAAUAUCUUAUGUGGAAUAAUUUUUGUGGAAAGAAGAUACACAGCGGUUGUUCUGAACAGAUUGAUAAAAGAAGCUGGCAAGCAAGACCCGGAGCUGGCUUACAUCAGCAGCAAUUUUAUAACUGGACAUGGCAUUGGAAAGAAUCAGCCACGCAGCAAGCAGAUGGAAGUAGAGUUUCGAAAGCAGGAAGAGGUACUUAGAAAAUUUCGAGCCCACGAGACCAACUUGCUAAUUGCAACUAGUAUUGUAGAAGAGGGCGUUGACAUCCCAAAAUGCAAUUUGGUGGUUCGUUUUGAUUUGCCCACAGAAUACCGUUCGUAUGUGCAGUCCAAAGGAAGAGCCAGGGCACCUAUCUCAAACUACAUCAUGUUAGCAGACUCAGACAAAAUUAAAGGUUUUGAAGAAGAUCUUAAAACCUACAAAGCAAUUGAGAAGAUUUUAAGGAACAAAUGCUCAAAGUCCGUAGAUACCAGUGAAACAGAAAGUGAACCAAUUGUAGAUGAUGAUGAUGUCUUUCCACCAUAUGUUUUGAGACCAGAAGAUGGCGGUCCAAAAGUUACAAUAAACACUGCUAUUGGACACAUUAAUAGGUACUGUGCUAGAUUGCCCAGUGACCCAUUCACUCACCUGGCUCCUAAGUGCAAGACUAGAGAACUGCCUGAUAACACUUUUUACUCCACACUUUAUCUGCCUAUCAAUUCUCCUCUUCGAGCAUCAAUUGUUGGUCCUCCAAUGAGUUGCACGAGAUUAGCGGAAAGAGUCGUGGCUCUUAUUUGCUGUGAAAAAUUGCAUAAAAUUGGUGAACUGGAUGACCAUUUGAUGCCUGUCGGAAAAGAGACAGUAAAAUAUGAGGAGGAACUGGAUUUGCACGAUGAAGAAGAAACCAAUGUUCCAGGAAGGCCAGGCUCCACAAAACGAAGGCAAUGCUACCCUAAAGCUAUUCCAGAAUGUUUGAGGAAUAGCUAUCCCAAACCAGAUCAACCAUGUUACCUUUAUGUAAUCGGAAUGGUAUUAACGACACCUCUACCUGAUGAGCUCAACUUCAGGCGGCGAAAGCUUUAUCCUCCUGAGGAUACAACAAGAUGCUUUGGAAUACUGACAGCCAAACCUAUACCUCAGAUUCCUCACUUUCCUGUAUACACUCGCUCGGGAGAGGUGACCAUAUCUAUUGAGCUAAAGAAAUCAGGUUUUACUUUAUCUUUACAACUGCUCGAGUUGAUCACGCGGCUUCACCAGUACAUUUUCUCUCACAUUCUUCGGCUUGAGAAACCUGCACUAGAAUUUAGACCUACAGAUGCUGAUUCAGCCUACUGUGUUCUACCUCUUAAUGUUGUUGAUGGUUCCAGCACUUUGGAUAUUGAUUUUAAAUUUAUGGAAGAUAUUGAAAAAUCUGAAGCUCGUACAGGCAUUCCCAGCACACAGUAUACAAAAGAAACACCUUUUAUUUUCAAAUUAGAAGAUUACCAGGAUGCAGUUAUCAUUCCAAGGUAUCGAAAUUUUGAUCAGCCUCAUCGAUUCUAUGUUGCUGAUGUCUACACAGAUCUUACUCCACUGAGCAAAUUUCCUUCCCCAGAAUAUGAAACUUUCGCUGAGUAUUAUAAAACCAAGUAUAAUCUUGACUUGACCAAUCUCAACCAGCCAUUGCUGGAUGUGGACCAUACAUCUUCAAGGCUUAAUCUUCUGACUCCUCGUCAUUUGAACCAGAAAGGAAAAGCUCUUCCGUUAAGCAGUGCUGAGAAGAGAAAGGCUAAAUGGGAAAGUUUGCAGAAUAAGCAGAUUCUUGUUCCAGAACUUUGUGCUAUACAUCCUAUUCCAGCAUCACUGUGGAGAAAAGCUGUUUGUCUCCCAAGCAUUCUUUAUCGUCUACACUGCCUUUUGACAGCUGAGGAACUCAGAUCCCAAACCGCCAUUGAUGCUGGUGUAGGAGUCAAGUCACUUCCUGCAGACUUCAGAUACCCUAAUCUGGAUUUUGGAUGGAAGAAAUCUAUUGACAGCAAAUCCUUCAUCUCUGCCGCCUGCUCCUCUUUGGCAGAGAAUGAAAAUCACUGUAAGCACAGCGCAAUUGUAGUCCCUGAAAAUGCUGCACAUCAAGGUGCUAACAGAACCUCCUCUUCAGAAAAGCAUGACCAAAUGUCUGUGAACCGCAGAACAUUGAUCGACGAGUCACCCAGUAAGCUCCAGAGUGACGUCUCAGUAGAACUGGCAACAAUGAAUGGUGUUUCUUACAAUAAAAACCUUGCCAACGGCAAUUGUGACUUCGCUAACAGAGGCUUCUGCCAAGGAAAUCAGCUAAAUUACUGCAAACAAGAAAUACCUGUACAACCAACUACCUCGUAUCCUAUUCAGAAUUUAUACAGCAGUGAGAACCAGCUCAAGCCCAGCAAUGAAUGUACUCUACUGAGUAAUAAAUAUCUUGAUGGAAAUGCUAACCAAUCUACCUCAGAUGGAUGCCCGAAAACGGCAAUGACCAGCAGUGCUUCAGAUGCUUGUAAUCUUGCAAAAGACAGAACGGAUUCUGUUGUAAGCCCUUGCAAUGGAUACUCCUCAAAAACCCUUGGCCCAAACCCUGGUCUCAUUCUUCAGGCUUUGACUCUUUCAAACGCAAGCGAUGGAUUUAAUCUGGAGCGGCUUGAAAUGCUCGGCGAUUCAUUUCUGAAACACGCCAUCACUACUUACUUGUUUUGCACUUACCCCGAUGCUCAUGAAGGACGCUUGUCAUAUAUGAGAAGCAAAAAAGUCAGCAAUUGUAAUUUGUAUCGUCUUGGGAAAAAGAAAGGGCUCCCCAGCCGCAUGGUGGUAUCUAUUUUUGAUCCCCCUGUCAACUGGCUCCCACCUGGUUACAUAGUGAACCAAGACAAGAGUAACACUGACAAAUGGGGAAAAGAUGAAAUGACAAAAGAGGGCUUGCUAUCCAAUGGGAAACUUGAUGACGAGUAUAAUGAUGACGACGACGACGACCUGAUGUGGCAGGUCCCCAAGGAGGAAGCCGACUUGGAGGAUGACUUCUUAGAGUAUGAUCAGGAGCAUAUCAAGUUCAUUGACAAUAUGCUGAUGGGCUCUGGAGCGUUUGUGAAGAAAAUUUCCCUCUCCUCCUUUUCGCCCGCUGACAACAGCUACGAGUGGAAAGCACCCAAGAAGUCGCCCUUGACUCAUGUCCAGUUUUCAUCAGAUUUUGACGAUUUUGACUACAGUUCUUGGGACGCGAUGUGCUACCUAGACCCUAGCAAAGCGGUGGAAGAAGACGAUUUUGUGGUCGGUUUCUGGAAUCCAUCGGAGGAGAAUUGCGGCAUCGAUGCUGGGAAACAGUCCAUCUCCUAUGACUUGCAUACAGAGCAGUGCAUAGCUGACAAGAGCAUUGCAGACUGUGUGGAAGCCCUUUUGGGCUGCUAUCUGACCAGCUGUGGCGAGAGAGCUGCCCAGCUUUUCCUGUGUUCACUGGGCCUGAAAGUGCUUCCGAUAAUUAAGAAAACUGACGGGGACAGUGUUCUGCCUUGUUGCCGAGACCAUUUGAGCAGCCAGCAGAAGCAUCCUUCGGCAAACUGUAUUUCUGCCUCUCUAGCCAAUCAGGAGUCUUCUUUGUAUAAAGACUUGGUCUAUGGCUGUUUAAAGAUUCCGCCAAGGUGCAUGUUUGAUCAUCCAGAUGCUGAGAGAACCUUAAAUCACCUUAUAUCUGGCUUUGAAAACUUCGAGAAGAAAAUUAACUACAGUUUUAAGAACAAGGCUUACCUACUUCAGGCAUUUACUCAUGCCUCUUAUCAUUACAACACCAUUACUGAUUGUUACCAGCGGUUGGAAUUCCUGGGGGAUGCAAUUUUGGACUACCUCAUAACCAAGCACCUUUACGAAGACCCACGACAGCACUCUCCCGGAGUUCUAACAGACCUGCGAUCUGCUCUAGUUAACAACACCAUCUUUGCCUCUUUGGCUGUAAAGUAUGACUACCAUAAAUACUUCAAAGCUGUCUCUCCUGAACUGUUCCAUGUUAUCGAUGACUUUGUACAGUUUCAGAUGGAAAAAAAUGAAAUGCAAGGAAUGGAUUCAGAGCUCCGAAGAUCUGAAGAAGAUGAAGAAAAAGAGGAAGAUAUAGAAGUACCAAAGGCCAUGGGGGAUAUAUUUGAAUCUCUUGCUGGUGCCAUUUAUAUGGAUACUGGAAUGUCUCUGGAAAUGGUUUGGCAAGUGUACUAUCCAAUGAUGAGGCCGUUAAUAGAAAAAUUCUCUGCAAAUGUUCCCCGUUCCCCAGUACGAGAGCUACUGGAGAUGGAGCCAGAAACAGCUAAAUUUAGUCCUGCUGAGAGAACCUACGAUGGAAAAGUCAGAGUAACCGUGGAAGUGGUAGGGAAGGGAAAGUUUAAAGGUGUUGGAAGAAGCUAUCGGAUCGCCAAAUCUGCAGCAGCGCGAAGAGCUCUACGAAGCCUCAAAGCAAAUCAACCUCAGGUUCCAAAUAGCUGAGACACCUCUGGGAAGAAAAAUAAAACCCCGAGAGAUUUUAAAGUUGAUGUUGAGAGGAACAAAUUGAAGACAUCGUUUAAAGUUUGAUAACGAAAUAGCUAACAGCAUUUAACAUAUAUACAUAAUUUUGGAACUAAUCGUAGUUAUAAGGUUUUUUUUUUCCUUUUUGCGCAAACACAAUCUUGUCUUCUUUCCUCACGUCUGCUUUGUUUAAUCACAAGAGUGCUUUAACGAUGACGUUUAGCAAGUGUUCAAAAUCGUUGUCAGGUAACAUUUGAUUUACUCUGUCAGUACAGCUUUGCUUAGAGUUAAAGGCCAGGGAGCUUACGCUGAACACAGUUACUAGAUUUUUAUAUAUAUAUAUAUGUAUGUAUGUAUAUAAAAAUCUUGAAAUGUCUCAAAUCUGUGCGUUAGUGCCAGUCACAAAGCAGUUUAUAACCUGUGCUGGAUGAUUUGGUGUAAGGAUAAGUGUGCCAGUAUUGUCCUCAUUUUGUUUUUUUCCUGUGCCAUCUUGGCAUUAAGAUGGCAUUCCCAAUCAUUAUUGCACUUAUUUGUUAGGGGCAGGUUUUUAAUUGAAAUGUCCGGCAUCUGGGAGAAAUUAACAGAUGCCCAUGUAGUCUUUGCAUUUGAAAGGUUCUUGCCUUAAAAGUAUAUAAAGCCCUCAUUAUUUCAACCUUUAAUUUCUGGUCUCUUUGGAGCCAAACUGUUUUACAUUCCCUUUGUUUUUAGGACACGUUUUAUGAUGAUACAGCUCCGUAUUUGCAGUACAACAUGGUAGCUUAGCUGUGACUUAACUUAUUACAGGACUGUAAUAGAAUUCGUAUUCAUAUAUAUGUAGUGAGGUUAUUUUUAACAAUUCGGAGGAAAUUGUUAGUAUAGAUUUUUGUUUUGUUUUUGAUAUUGAAAACAACAAAAAAAAGUCUCUUGCAAAUUUCCAUUGAGCUAGACUGGGCACGAUCCAUCGCUCUUGUGGAAAGCUCUGUCACCUCAAGGGGCCGUGCAGGAGGAUGUCCUUAAUGGAUUGAACAUGUUUGUUUCCAGUAUCGAAACAUUGUAACAGUAGCUAAUUGCACAGUGCAAACUGUUGCUUUGGGGGGGGGGGAGAAGAGAAAAAGAUCCUUCAACAUAUCGCACCUAAAAUAUGCUGCAGAUUUUACAUUGGAUACAUAUUUAACCAACGGAGCACCUUUACACCUUUAAGAGCAAUUUCCACAUAAAUUUCUUACUGUACGUUUUCAGAAUUGCAUGCAUAUAUCAUCUACCAAAGUUGUGCUGUUUAAAAAUGCCAUGGAAGUUGUUGUGAGAGAAACUGCCAUACUUUUUUUUUUGAUACAUCUGUGAUUUAGGUCCUUUAACGUAAAGUAAAGUAGCUCAUUAUUAUUGUUUCAGUUGAUAUGGAAGCAUACUUUUUUUAAAGGCUAUGCCUAAAUUUCUUUAGAUACCUGUAGGCACCCUUCACUUAAAUACCUCAGUUCUUCUUGGUUCCUUUGUCUUUCUCCCCCCUCCCCUUUUUUUGCAUGCGUUGUUUUUUUUCUGUUUUGGUGCUAUGUGUAUGUAUUAUGCUUGAAAUUUUAAUUUUUUGCACUGUUGACUAUAAUACCUCUUAAUUUACCUUUUUAAAAAAAGAGAAAAAAAGUUGUGGGCUGUCUUGCACUCCCACCAAUAUCAAGAGAGGUUUGCUGCAAUUUUGCCCCAUUAAUUAUGCUUGAAGUUUCAGAAAGCUCAGCAAGAUUUUUUUGUUAAUGGUUUCCUGGGCAGUGGUCAGCUCUUGAUGCUGUUUUAAUGUCUCCUUUUACAAUUAAAUACUGUAUUCUCUGCUUUUAAAGACACACACCCACACACACACCCUCCGGCCUCCCAAACCCCAUGCAUUCAAGAUUUGAGGGCAGGGGAAACCUGGUGUAUCUGUUUAAAUGAGAGCAAACAUACCUGAAAGGCUGGGAAUGUUACAGUUGUCUGAAAAAUGGAAAUUAGUUUUGAAUCACAAUGUUUUGUUUUGCUUAGAUUUUUUUUCUCCAGUAACAUCAGUGAAAUAAAAUGUUUGUGGUGGGAUCUCAGUCCCACUGACAGAGUAGCAUAUUAUAGAAAAGGCGAAGGAUGCGGUCCCCCAAAUUGAAUGAGCUCCGCACGCAUCUCGGGAUUUGUUUGUUUCCAUCCAAGGGUUCUCACCUACUGUAGAGGCUAGCUGCUUUUCAGCUUGAGUCUUCAACAAUGUGUAUAGCUGCCUUGAAAAACUGAAAGAAUCCUCUCGCUACGUGUGCAGCGUUGUCCCACUCAUGCACGUCAUUUUGGCUUGGUGAAACAUCUGUUACAACUUUUAGGUUCCGCUGACCAAGUAUUUUUCGCAGCAGUUUCAGUGGGACUUUUCACUGGUAACUGGAUUGAGAAUUUCCAUUGAAGUUCACUGUGUGAGAAUAAAGCUCUAUAGGAAGUUCAUUAAUGAAAACUUUCUUAAAUGCGCAACUGUAAUCCCGAGUGAAGGUUUUGCAGCUCUGGGAAAUAAUGGUUAUUAAUGCUGGUAGUUCUUCUCUGCAGACCCAUAUAUCACUCACGAAAACUCACAACCUCCGUGUAUUCAAAACGGCCUGUGUUAUCCCAGUCCGCUGUGUGCUCAUUUUUUUUGUGAAAUGCUAAAAAAAAAAAAUUGAGAUUGAAAAAUUCAGUGAACAUAUUUCCUGAGAUUACAGUGUAGCCUGGUGGCAGCAGGAGGAGACUUUGGUUGCAUUUUGUAACAGAAGAAUUCUGUAUCCUCCUUGAAUGUGCAAGGAGCUGAUUAGAAAGGCUGAUGUGACUGAGUCAGGGGUCUGCUGUAAUGUUGGCCCUCUUGCGAACUGUGUUUUAUGAAUGACACCACACCUUUUGGCUGCACGAUGUCAUUCAGAUAUUCCUAAGGCUCUUUGAAUGCAGAAAUCACAGUGGUUUCCGUGAUGUGCAACUACUUUCCCCUUUAAAAAAAAUACAAUUAUGGUAUUAGACUAUGCCUAAUCCUAAUCAUUUUUUGAAGGUUGGGGUUGAAAUCCCAUGAUCUUCUACAAGCAAGGAAACGGACGGCGGAAAGCCUGUCUUCAAAAUCAACCACACACUCCUCAGGCAGGUAGAGGAGGCACAAAGCUAGUUUUGGAAUCCCCCCUCCUCUUUCUUUUUGUUCUGUUAUACUGUACUUUUUUUUUAACAAUCCUCCUAACUAUGCUGCAUUUUUAAUGGCUUUGUUUUGUGCUGUUCUGUUCAUAGAGCACAAAUAAGCAUUGCACUUGUUACCAUGCUUUACCUCAUUUCAAGGAGAAAUGUACUUAAUAGAGGGAAAAUGGGGUCUGGGCCUUGCUGCUGAUUUGAUUGACAGAAUUUGAAAAGAGAGAGAGAGAAAAAAUCACAAGACUGCCUGCAACGUGUCACUUAAUUUGCACAACUGAAAUAAUACCAUUUGUUAACGUCUGUGGCGUUUUACGGUGUUUUUUAAAGGAUUAAAAACUUUUGUCGUUUUAAUUACACCAUAUUUUAUUAUUCUGUGAAUCUGUUGGAAAUUUUAGAAUGCCUUUUCACUUUCCCCACGUCGUAAAGUUAUCACUGGACAAGCAUACAUUAAUGGUCUGUUGAAUUCUCCCUUUAAGUGAGGAGGGCAGAGAAGGGAAUUAAGCAAAGACUUUUGUCGAUAUGAAUGCAGGCUCGGUUCAGCUCUGAGCAGUCCCAUAAAGUGUAGGAUCACACCUACAGGUGGCAUAAACCAGCUGUUCUACGUAGUCCUCAAUGAAUGUAAUGAAAUGUGUUGCAUAUGUAAACAGAAUGGGAACCUAGGGCAGUGAUACAUCCUUGAUGAAAAUGAGCGAAGGUCCACUGAUACUCCUCCAUUUGUGUCUUUAAACCCCCUUGUACAACUGUAAAAUGUAUUUAAAAUCAAACUGCUUUCACCAGCAGAAGUCACAUCAGUUAUGUGCAACUUUCCAAGAGUAAUUCUUUUACUACAAGCAUGUUGUCUCCAAGCCCUUUAGGAAAGGGUUCCCCCCCUUCUGCUUUGCAUUUAAUUUGGCUAACAACCACAGACUGUCUAAACUGAUGCGUUAGAUGCCCUCAGUUUACUGUAGCAGCAGCUGAUCUAGAGAGAAACAAGUUGAGCAGGCAUUUCAAAAUUGCAGGCUUUUUAUUGUAAAUAGUUUGACUUUAAAGGUGGUUGAAAUCAAGUAGAAUGAAUAACAUAAUUUGAUGGACAAUAAAAAUAUUUCCCAUCACAUGCUGCAGCUGUCUAAGGGACAUAAAAUGUAAUUCAUUCAUACUGUAAUCAUGCUGCAGAAAUGUGCAGUCUGCACCUUAUGGAUCACAAUUACCUUUAAUAGAUUUUUGUAAUAAUUGUAGCUGAAUAUAUCUCCAAUAAAGUUAUGGUCUGUU